AUCACAGACCGCCGAGGUCAGAGUUGAAGGGUUAAAUCCAACAUGGCGGCUAACAAACGAGUGCUGUAUGUCGGUGGUCUGGCAGAAGAAGUGGAUGAGAAGGUGUUACAUGCUGCUUUUAUUCCGUUUGGAGACAUCACAGACAUCCAGAUACCUCUCGACUAUGAAACAGAAAAGCACAGAGGAUUUGCUUUCAUUGAAUUUGAGCUGGCAGAGGAUGCUGCAGCAGCUAUUGAUAACAUGAAUGAGUCUGAACUUUUUGGACGGACUAUCCGUGUCAACAUUGCCAAGCCCAUGAGAAUCAAAGAAGGUUCCUCUCGACCAGUGUGGUCGGACGAUGACUGGCUGAAGAAGUUCUCGGGAAAGACUGCAGAGGAAGCUGAGGGAGAGACAGCAGCUGGAGAAACUACCAACACUGCAGCACAAGAGGCUGAGCCCCCAGCGAAAAAAGGCAGAGUAAAUCCACAGGUCUACAUGGACAUUAAGAUCGGCAACAAGCCGGCAGGAAGACUGCGCUUCCUCCUCCGGGCGGAUAUAGUUCCCAUGACUGCAGAAAACUUCCGCUGCUUGUGCACACAUGAGGGUUUUGGCUACAAGGGCAGCAGCUUCCACCGCAUCAUCCCUCAGUUCAUGUGCCAAGGAGGAGACUUCACCAACCACAACGGCACCGGCGGCAAGUCCAUCUACGGCCGGAAGUUUGAUGAUGAAAACUUUGUCCUCAAACACACCGCUCCAGGACAGCUGUCUAUGGCCAACUCUGGGUCAAACACUAAUGGCUCUCAGUUCUUCAUCACCACUGACAAAACAGACUGGCUGGACGGCAAACAUGUGGUGUUUGGAGAGAUGGUGGAAGGAAUGGAUGUGCUCCGAGCAAUGGAGGCGCAGGGAUCAAAAGACGGCAAGCCGAAGCAGAAAGUGAUCAUCUCCGACUGUGGAGAAUAUGUGUGAAUGAAAAACAAAGUGUGUGCUUGUUUUGUAUGCGUGUAUGAAGGCAGAGUGCGUCUGAGAGCAAGAGUGUGUUCAUGGUCUUUUGUACAUCUUCUGCCAUGUAAAUAUUUCAGUAAACACAUUUUUAUAAAGAAAGCAUAACUUGA